AUGCUCUGCUUGUUGGACUCGGACGGCGCGGAGAGGUAUCUGCGGGAGGUGCAUGACAUCGACUACUCGGAUAUCCACGAGGAUCCCGUUCUGGAUGCCGUUCUGGCCCGGCUGCGACGUGAUUGGUCCGUUUGGGUAUUCACUGCUUCAACCGCAGAGCAUGCGGAGAGGUGUCUUCAGCGGCUGGGUCUCAGAUCCUUGCGGCUAUCCGGCAUCGUCGACACCCGCGACUGUAGGCUGGAGACAAAGCACUCCCCCUGCAGCUUCGAAGUGGCUCUGGCGGCUGCGGGGGCUGCCGGUGGCAGGCCGGAGCGUUGCCUCCUUUGUGAUGACAGUGUAAAGAACGUGCGUGCGGCGAAGAGAGCCGGCUGGCAAACAGUGCUUGUGGGCUUUCACAGCCGCGAGACGGGCGAGAAGGUCGUUUGUGAGGAGGCAGAUUUCCACAUUGGCAGUUUGCACUGUCUGCCUGAUGUGCUUCCGGAGCUCUUUGUGUAG